AAAAGUGACAUUUUUGAUAGCAACAUGGGCAGGUGUACAUAGGCGGGGGCAUGUGCGUUGAUUGUUUUGUUCCGGGAUCCAACAAGGCUGGCAUUUAUGAAUAAGAGGUUAAACAUAAUGUUAGGCCGCCUUGCUAUUUAUCUGUGUAUGUAAUGCAACCCAUCUCAACAACAGAAGUCAAGCUAGCGCGUGAACUGGCUAUCAUGUAGUGAACUCCUUAAGCAGUUUUGCGACUUGCACGUUGUUAGUUUCUCAGCAGUUAACAAACUAGAAAAUGAAAAAACAUUGGGAAAAUAAACCUCUGAAAAGAUCUCUAAAAGGAAACUCAAUCGGACUCAAUAUGCUGGGAAUUGGCAAUAUCCAAAGCUCUCCAUCUGAAGCGUUAUACAGCCCAGUCCACAGCAGUACUGACUCUCCAGGAUUGAUGGUCCAAGGCAGAGUCUUCCAACAUAUCUUUGCCCCUAACACGCUUCACAGUAAUGCCCAAAGGAAAGAUGAUGUGCUAAGUCUUCAAAGGGAAGAAUCGCUUAAGAAAAACAAACGUUCUCUCCUUGAACCUUCAGUUGUGUUGUCCAGUGAUGAGGAAGACACCUCUGUUGGUUCUGGAAGUCCAUAUUCAGGGACCAGCCACUUCUCAUCAAUACCCUCUGGUGACAGCGAAGUGACCGUUCAUGAUAAUUACUUUACAAGCAAUUACUUUGCCAUCACCAAAAGCAGUCUACCUAGGAGAGAGCGAAUGAAAGACCCGUUAGGAAAGUUGGCCUCAACUAAACCCGCCAUAAAACGUCGAAAGGUGAAAAAGCCUCAUCCCGCAUCACCUUCUGAAAUGGCAUCUGCUAAUGUUUCUGGGGAGGUCGAUGUUGUCUGCAGAUGUGUGAGAGUGGGAACGAUGCUCAGGACGCCGCCAAAGCAUGUCACUUUCUCAACUGAGUAUAUUUGGAUCGAUGAACAAGUGCAGCUGCAGUCGUCCAGUCUCGCCAGCUGUGCUUGGUGUGAUGACAGAACCAUGCCUGCGCUCUUUCUCAAAACCAGUCAAGGGGAAGGCACGCGUCUCCGCUUUUUGCUCAAGAUGUCCCGAAUCAACGGGGACUCCUGGUACGACAGCAAGAGCCAACAUCUUGGUGAAAACUACAUAAUCUUAGUGUUUGAGAAAACUCUUUCUCACCUGGAGAAAGUGGAACUGCAGAACAUCUUCGGAGAGAUAAGCAGAAGAAAUCAUGUUGAUGUAGCGAAUUUCACGAUACAAAUGUCUUUUGCGGAGGCCAACAGAAUCCUGAUGGAAUCCUCCAAAACAUGCCCAGCGAAAACCACCUGUGGUCUUGAAGGUCCGUCCACAUUGUCCCACAACAGACAGACUGAGCGGCAAUUUUCAGAGUUCAGCGAUGGCGGAAGUACACAGACACCAUCUCCCAAGUGUCUUAUCCCCAAACAGAUUGCUUUCACCCCCCCACGGUGCUCCCCCGCCCUGGCACUGGGCUCCUCCCCGGGACUGACUGUCCUUUCCCUGUCACCAACUCGCCCCUCUUCUCCCUCAAGAUGCCUGUCCCCUGUCCCAAUGAAAGUCUGGGAGGAGGAGGAUGAUGAUGAUGAAAUAGUGGAGAUUGAAUCAGCCUUCAAGGGGGCAGUCAGGAAGUUAAUAUUGUACCCACCUCCUCCAGCCAGAGGGGGCAUCUCUGUGACCAAUGAAGACCUGCAUUGUCUCAAUGACGGGGAGUUCUUGAAUGAUGUCAUCAUAGACUUUUACCUGAAGUACUUAAUGUUGGCAGUGCUGAAAGAGGAGGAUUCCAGCAGGACUCACAUGUUCAGCUCCUUCUUUUACAAGUGCCUCUCCCAGACAGAACAGGGUGUGGCGCAAGGCUCUGAGGAUCAUCCUGUGAAGAAAAUGAGACACAACCGAGUGAGAACAUGGACCAGGAAUGUGGACCUCUUCCAGAAGGACUUCAUUUUUGUCCCCAUAAAUGAAUCAGCACACUGGUUCCUGGCGGUGAUCUGCUUCCCUGGGCUAGUGGACCCCCAAUGGAGCCAAGUGGAACUGCAGCGGGAGCCCCUGUACCCAAAGGCCUUGUCCCCACCCUGGAUGGAGGAGGGAGAGGGCUACCUGGACAGGGGUUUCCUCAUGGACCACAAUUCAAACCCCAUGUCACUAUUCUUCAGCCCCCCGGGCAACAGCGCCACAGGCCGGCCCGGCCCAGAGCCGGCUGAUCUGGACCUCACCAUAGGGGUGAGGCUUAGCGUGUGUUCAGGCGGCGGCGGAGGAGAGGACCGGUGGUCAGAAUUCGGUAUGAUGACAACCAGCGUAGGGGUACAUGGUCUGGGCCUGAAGCAACGGCAGCGCCUCCCAGGCCAUUGCAUUAGAUCCGAAAUAGAAAAAGACAUCUUUGAAUUUUCUCCUGAUCAAGAUUCAAAUCCGCAGUGGAAUGCUAAACCUCCGGACCAUCUCGAUGUCCCCCCUGAACCCACUAACUGUAAAAGACCGUGCAUCUUGAUCAUGGACUCUCUGGGAGGCAAUGGCAGACCUGGGGUUGUGAAGAUCCUACAAGAAUAUUUAGAGGUGGAGUGGGAGGUGAGGAAAGGCACUCUGAGGAGUGUCUCCAAGGACACGAUGCGAGGCUUCAACCCCCAGGUUCCACAGCAGGACAACUUCAGUGACUGUGGCAUUUACCUGCUCCAAUAUGUGGAGAGUUUCUUCCAGAAUCCCCCACAGGAUUUUGAGCCACACAUGAACCUGAAGGAAUGGUUUCCGCUUCAGCGAGUGAAGAGGAAGCGAGCAGAAAUCAGGAAGCUUAUCCUCAAAAUUCAACGGCAACAAGAGAAGGACACAAAGGACUUGUAUCAGUUGAAAUAGAUGUUCUUCUGAUUUAAAGGCAGUAUAAAUGGCACUUCUAACUGUG